AUGGCGGAAGCAGUCAAGGAAUGCUACAACCCCCAACCUGACUGGCCCGUGCACCAGGCCACCAACGGCUCGUUUUGGAGGCGUUUGGACUGCAUCCCGCAGGAUCACAAGAUGAUUCCUGCUGCUGCUUUUGCUGCUGCUGCAGCGUAUCUGACCAUCUCACUGGCAGAGGGCGCCCGUGCAGCCGAUCUGCUUGGCCAGAAAGUUUCUUACAUACCCCCUGUUGAACACAGAGCUGGAAAUGAAGAAAUACGACAAAAAAUCCCGCUGACACCACUCAAAGCCUCUAAUCAAAUCCGCCCCGUGCUGGGGGCUGCGCUUCUCGUGGCGCUAUCCGUGGGGUUGUACCUGCUUUUGAGGUCCGCUCAUGGCCUUGCCUUUUUCAAGAAGGGAGCUGAAAAAGAUAAAGAAUUGGACGAAGCUGAAUGGGACAUGGUCGAGGACGUACAAACUGGUGGUGGUAGGAGUAAGGAUGAGGGAGGAAAAGGGUCUGGUGCCGGUCGUCGGGGACCUCGAACCGAUGCUGAAGGGAGUCUCGCGGGUACCACCCGACGUCCAUCAAUCAAGUACCCACCAGCCGAUGAUCCGGUUACUCUGGGGCCAGAAAAGGUGGACUCCAGAAUCCGCAAGAUGGAACAGGUGCUCCAGUGGAUUCACGAAGGUGACGAUGACUCUGGACAUGGCCUUGACAGCACAGGUGAGGCUCUUCCGCAUCGCCUGCGCCAGGCAUACGGCCUCCGCCAGAAAAACAAAAACGCCGACUUCGAACCGUCCGUCCCUGCAGACCGCAUUUCGAAGUUCCGGGAACUCGUUGAACGUAUUGAGGAGAUGCUGGAUCAAUACUAUGGUGAUAGCGGGUGA